GUAGUGGUGUAUUUCAUUAGUGAAGGAUUAGGAACUAAGGAUUCUGUAACACAUAUUUUCUUGAAACUUCUAUUUCACCGAAAAGCAUUUUUUUAUUUCACUAUUUUUAAAAUUCAAAUCUUCACUUAACUUUCUUUGCAUACAUACACAAAAAACGAACUUUAAUCCUUUCACCUCAGAAAAUGGAUGAAUAUUUAAAUCUUGGGUUGAUUGGUGAAGGUUCAUUUGGCAGAGUAUACAAAGCUCGAAUAAAAGGUAGUGGCCAAAUUGUUGCAAUGAAACUUAUCAGAAAGAAAGGUAAGAACGAAAAAGAACUUCGAAAUUUAAAAUGUGAAAUUGAAAUACUAACCAAACUAAAGCAUGAUCACAUCAUCACUCUAUAUGACGCAUUCGAAACAAAGGACAACCUUGUUGUGAUAAUGGAGUAUGCUGUAGGUGAGUUAUUUGGUGUUCUUGAGGCGGAUAAGGGACUUUCCGAAGAUCUGGUCCAACGAAUUGCAAAACAGUUAGUUCAGGCUUUGCAAUAUAUUCAUAACAAUCGUAUCAUUCACCGUGAUAUUAAACCUCAAAAUAUCCUUUUGUGUAACAAUGGAACUGUGAAACUUGCAGAUUUUGGGUUUGCGAGAUCGAUGAGUUUUAAUACCAUCGUCCUGACAAGUGUGAAAGGAACUCCCCUUUAUAUGGCUCCGGAGCUUAUUCAGGAACAACCAUAUGAUCACAGAGCUGAUUUGUGGUCAUUAGGAUGUAUUCUAUAUGAGCUAUACUACGGUAAACCUCCAUUUAGUACAAAUAGUCUUUGCACCCUUAUUAGUAAAAUAACCAAGAGUCCUGUAGAUUUCAACGAGCCCAUCUCGCCGAAUUUCAAAAGUUUAUUGGAAGGACUUUUGAUUAAGCAACCUUCUGCCCGAUUAAAUUGGCCUUGUUUGCUAACUCAUCCUUUUGUUUCACUAACGGAUGCGGAUCAUGUGUGGCUAAGCAUUACAAACAAAUCUGAUAUUAAAAUGAAAGAUAGAAUGAAGCAACUUGGUUGUAUCAAACUUUACCAUGUGACCGAUACAAUUUGUGGAAACACAAAUGAACUUUUCAUCAAUCGACGAGCUUUUCUCUCGGACAAACAGAAUAGCGUAUUCAAUUCUUCAGCUUUGAUUCAAUUACACUCAGGGGAUGGAACUGUAAUAAAAGUAUUGCUUACAAAAAUGAUAUCGGCAUUAGAAAACAUUGAAAAUGCCCUUGUAAAUCAAAAAGAGGAUAAGAUAACCCUGACAGCCAUCAUAACUUGGACAAUAAAGUUGCUUUCUUCAGUUCAGGACAAAAGUGUUUUAGAACUUACUAUACAAUUUAUUUCGUCUCUUGUCUUCCCUGAGGAUGGUGAUGUGCUUCUUUUUCCAUCUGUUUCUGCGCUUCACAAAGUCACGGAUCUUCUGAAGCAACGCCAUGAGCAGCCAUGUAUCGGCAUACUUCUUCGAGAAAGCGUGGCUAUGGAGCUAAUAGAGAACCCAAAUUCAUUGGCUUUUGUUAUGAAUGAAGUCAUAACUAAUGCUUAUGAUUCUCGCUUUCAAUGCAUUAAAAUACUGUUUCAAUGUACAAGAUGGGGAAACAACUUUGGGUCAUUUGUACAGAUGAAAGAAUUUCCGAGAUUUUGGGAUUUUAUCUUUACUUGGCUCUCAGAUACCAAUGAGCUAUCUUUUAAUAAUUACUAUGAGCAUGCUGCUUUGGUGCUUCACUUUGUUAGAAUCGCAAUACCACAUAUAAAACUUGUGGCAUCUCACCACAUGAACCACUUGGAGGUUAUCUCAUUAGCAAAUCGAGAGUUUUAUGCUAUUUGCAACUAUAGGUCUACAGAUCUUACCGGAGAGGAAUCUAGCGUGGCGCAACUGAACUACUAUACAGCUGCUGUGCUAUUUGUCGCGUUUGUCUAUCGUGAUCUCAACUAUUUUCCAGUGCUUACAACAGGCGAUGGUCUUGUUAGUGGAUUUCAUGCUAUUGUAAAUGAAGUAAACCACUUAAAUUUUGAACAUAACUGUUCUCGAAUUUUAGGCAGUGAUUACGGGUAUCCGGAGCAUGGUAUGUUAGACGGAGUCGUCCACAUGCUUUCCCUUAUUAUUUCGGUUUCAAAAUCACUUUUAUGUGGAAAAGCCCCUGAGAACAAGAUGCAGUUAUUCCUAGACACGUACCGAUGGGAUUUUGUGAAUCUUAUCUUUAGUUUUUUAGGGAAUAGUGACUCCCAUACUGAAUUGUCAAUAAGUGGGGUUCAGGCAGCCUUGAGGGCGUUGCAACAAAUACUAUUAUCUGAACCUGAAAAAAGCCUGAAUCUUUUCUUAAAUGCACUGUCAUUACAUUCCACCGAUCAGGGUAGUCCCACUCUGCCCAUAUCUGUUAUUUGCAGGCAACUCCAUACAGAUUACCUUCAACAGAUUUACUUCUGGCCGGAGAGCCAUGGAGGAGGCUCACUUGGCGUAGGUUUGCAUAUUACUGUAGUUGCAAACAUCUUGAAUUACAUUCUCCAAUCUGUAGGAUCAGAUACCCAAAUCAGUUCAAAAAUAGCAUCUACUAUUCAAAGGGUAGCAUGUAAAGAGGGGCUGAUAGAAAUGCUAGUGAUGUCGUUUGAGUAUGGUGAGCUCGCCUUUUGGGGACCCUCCUUUACUCUGAUUGCCAGGCUUAUGGUGUUUUCUGAUCGUUUUGCUGAAGCCUUUGUCGACACUGGGGGCCUGAAUUCCAAACUCAUCAAGCAAGCUCUUGACAGCGAGAAGGCAAAUACCACGCUUAUUUUAGACGCACUGCGUAUUUUGUCGCAGCUUGCCCAGUUAUCUGAAAAAUAUUAUCUUUCCAUUCAUUCGGCAAACCUAUACAGCAACUUUUCUGUCCUUGUGCAUCAUCAUAAACGCGAAAUUCGCCGCAAUAUGUACAUUUUAAUUGGAAACCUGUUCAAGCAUUCAGAUUUCUUUUAUGAACACUUGAUCCAGAACCAUCUGAUUGAACCACUGGUAAAAUGCUGCUGUAGCAGCAAUUUCUCAUCAAAUAAAUUUGCUCUGUUUGCUGUUGGGAAUGCUGCGUUUCAUAGUGAUUAUUUGUAUGAGCAACUUAAACCCACUAUUCCAAACUUAAUUAAACUUCUGUCAUGCUCAGACAGAAAAACAAGACAGAACGCAGCUGGGGUCCUUUGCAACUUGAUUCGGAAUGGAAAUCAGCUUCUCGGUGAGCUGAGAAAACAUCAUGCGGCAGAAGAACUCUUUAGGAUAUUUAAGGACGGCUCUUUAGACUGUAAAAGAAUAGUAGUUCCAGCAGUAAACGUGUUUUGUCAGUAUGAUAUUUUUAAAAAUGUCUUCAUUACCCUGGGCCUCAAGGAUCUUAUUGAGAUCUCACAAAAGCAACUUAUAUCGGACCCAUUUAUGCAAAAAUACAUAGACCGUAUAGCGCAUCAUUUGAAUAUAAGCUGCUAG